UGUCUCGCGGCAGCCGCCCCUUUCUACGGGGUCACGCUGUUAGCUCCCAGGCUAGGAAUCGGGCCGCAGUCUUCUCUGCCGCGCCCUCGACCUCCCGCCGCGUCAGGACCAUGGAUCCCCGCAAAGUGAGCGAGCUUCGGGCUUUCGUGAAAAUGUGUAAGCAGGACCCGAGCGUUCUGCACAUGGAGGAAAUGCGCUUCCUGAGGGAGUGGGUGGAGAGCAUGGGUGGUAAAAUACCACCUGCUACUCAUAAAACUAAAUCAGAAGAAAAUAUCAAGGAAGAAAAAACAGAUAGUAAGAAGCCAGAAGAAAACAUAAAGACAGAUGAACCAUCAAGUGAGGAAAGUGAUCUAGAAAUUGACAAUGAAGGUGUGAUUGAACCAGAAACUGAUGCCCCUCAAGAAAUGGGAGAUGAAAGUGUAGAGAUAACUGAAGAGAUGAUGGAUCAGGCAAAUGAUAAGAAAGUGGCUGCCAUUGAUGCCCUAAAUGAUGGUGAGCUACAGAAAGCUAUCGAGUUGUUCACAGAUGCCAUCAAACUGAAUCCUCGCUUGGCCAUUCUGUAUGCCAAGAGAGCCAGUGUCUUCAUCAAAUUACAGAAGCCAAAUGCUGCCAUCCGAGAUUGUGACAGAGCCAUUGAAAUUAAUCCUGAUUCGGCUCAGCCUUACAAGUGGCGAGGGAAAGCACACAGACUUCUGGGCCAUUGGGAAGAAGCAGCACAUGAUCUUGCCCUUGCUUGUAAACUGGACUACGAUGAAGAUGCUAGCGCCAUGCUGAAAGAAGUUCAACCGAGGGCCCAGAAAAUUGCAGAACAUCGGAGAAAGUAUGAGCGAAAACGUGAAGAGAGAGAGGUGAAAGAAAGAAUAGAAAGGGUGAAGAAGGCUCGAGAAGAACAUGAAAGAGCCCAGAGGGAGGAAGAAGCCAGACGACAAUCAGGAGCUCAGUAUGGCUCUUUUCCAGGUGGCUUUCCUGGGGGAAUGCCUGGUAAUUUUCCUGGAGGAAUACCCGGAAUGGCAGGGGGCAUGCCUGGAAUGGCAGGAAUGCCUGGGCUUAAUGAGAUUCUUAGUGAUCCAGAGGUUCUUGCAGCCAUGCAGGAUCCAGAAGUUAUGGUGGCCUUCCAGGAUGUGGCUCAGAACCCAGCAAAUAUGUCAAAAUACCAGAGUAACCCAAAAGUUAUGAAUCUCAUCAGUAAAUUGUCAGCCAAAUUUGGAGGUCAAGCGUAAUGCUGUUUUGACAAAGCCCUUGCGGAAGGCGUAGCAACCUAGAUCGCUCAAUGGCUGUCGCAGUAAUACAAAUGAGUGUACCUCCAACCUUCUCAUCAAGAAAGCGGGGCGGGGAGGGCUUUGAAGAUCAUCCUUACCCGGCUGCCCCAAAUGCGCUGAGAUAUUUUACAGUGGUUUGCCAUUAGGGUAUUGAUUCAGAUAAUGUUUUCCUGUUAGGAAUUACAAACUUUAAAUGCUUUUUAAACCUUAAAAAUAACUGAAAUUAUAAAAGGGUGUGUUAAUUCCUACAUUUUUCUCUACUAAUCAUUUUGGAUUUUUAUUUGAAUUGGUUGGGUAAGGAAGAUAAACUUAAGUAUGGAAGACUUUUCACUCUAGCUUGUGUAAAAUAAAGGUUUAUCAGGCAGAAACAAAUAUAAUUCAUUUAAAUAGAUAAAAUUGGAAAGAUGGUUACUGAGGCAUUUUGAUUUGUCUUUUUAAAUGCUUUAUUUUUUAAAAAAUGAUUUAUUUCUAUAAUAAAACUUGGGACCACCAGUAUUGCAGUAGGAUCUCUGUAGGGGACUAGACAUGCUUGGCAGGGCAGCAGCAAUCCUACUACAUUUUAUACAACAUGAGCCCUUGUGCAGGUUGCAUUUAAAUCUAACACUGGUGAAUGAAAGAUUUUUGUAAUGCUGUAGAAUUGGAUUACUUAGCUCUGUUCUUGUCCAAUGUAUAAAAUAAAUAUUUCAAAUUAUUUCCACAUAGGGAAAAAAGGGAGUACUGUUCUUUUUGUAUUCCUGUGUUCAAAAUUAACCUUUCUUGGUCAGAAGAUACCCAACACUGCUUCUGCUUGUUUUUGCAUUUUUUUCCCUUACUCUUAGGCUAAAGAUAGGGUUGUUUUUUUUUUUUCCUCCCUCACUAGCAUCGUCGUUGCUGCCAUUAUUCACAGCAUGAUUGUGCAAGCAUAUUUAAUGCUGGAUUUAGUUUAAUAUGUAACACAUACAGUGAUUAUGUUGCGUGAACCUAUAACAGCAAGAGUUUCUUACUUGGCCAAGAGAUUUCAUAUUUGUGUGUUGGACUUAGACUUUAGUGAAAUGCUGUCAUAUCAAAAGAUGAUGGAAGGAGGGAUUCCCUUUGGUGUUUUGGGCUUCUCCUUAGGAAAUACCUUUACGCAGUUAGAGUUUAAUUAGUCUUGUAAAAUUCAUCUUUGUAUUUUGGAUAGUAUGAGGCUUGAAUUGAUCCACCUAGAGGGGACCCUAACUUCCUAAUUCAGCAUGUAUUACUAGACAGAUGAGAGCUAUGGUUAUUCUUCACUGUAGAGGUAACUAUGGAAGAUUUAUUUUUCUCCUGUUUGGCUCUCCCUUAAAGACUAAUCAUAGCCCCACUUCUGCUUUGACUGUCUUUGUUUUUGCCAACGAAAAAGAAAAGAAUACAUUGUUUUCUGUUGCACAUUCUUAUUUUCAAAUGAGACAAAGUAUAGGCACUGUGUACCUAGAAUUUUACUAGGUUUCUACAUAUCUUUCCAUUUAAAAUGCUAGUGUUCAAAAGCAAUUUCAAGGGACGAUACCCUCUGUACUUUGCUUAGUUUGGAAAGUCAGAAUGGUAGGAGUAGUGACGUAAGAUCCAUGGGGUACAUUUCUGAAAUUGUAAGCAAGUUGAUUGAGGUUCUAACCCUUUUGCUGUGCACAAGCAGAUAGAAAUACAUCUGUUAUAUAAAAGAGAAAAAACUGUGUGCUGAUUGAGAAUGCCUUUUAAACCCUUUAAAAGUACUCAGCAUAUAAACUUUUGAGCUUGCCAGUGUUCUUUUUGUUAAUGUAUGUUCUAUUUUAUCAAACUCCUAGUGUGUUCUGUGAAUAACUCAGACCAGUAGUUUUUGAAUUCCUUAUUUGAUUCAAUUAACUAUAUAUUAUCUACAAUAUUUUAACACUGCAGAUAUUACAAUAAAUGGGUAAAAUUGGUCUUCUGAAAAUCUGCCGUAUGCUUUUAGACUUUGAAGUUCUGCAGAUAACAGAAUGUGUUCUUCAUUUUCAUAGAAACUCAGCAUCACUUCUAAACCAGAAAUGUUUUUUUCUUUUGCUAAUGAUGCUAAUAUAAAGGAAAAGAAAAGGAGAUUUUUUUCCCCUGCUUAAAAAUAAUGGUUAUUGGAUAUUUCUAGCUAUAUUAAAAAUAAAGUAUGGUUUCAAACUGGA